AUGUCUGGUGAUGAUAAGGUUCCGUUGUUAGUGAUAGGAAAGUCAGGGAAUGCCACGUGUUUCAAGAAUGUAAAGACAUUACCCGUAGAAUACAAAAAUAACACAAAAGCAUGGAUGACAGGGGAACUAUUCACAUCCUGGUUAAUGAAACUUGAUAAACAAUUUCAUCGUCAAAACAGAAAAAUGGCUAUGGUGAUUGAUAAUUGUCCGGCGCAUCCGAAAAUAAAAGGAAUCAAAUCUAUUGGACUUGUGUUUGUACCACCAAAUACCACCAGUCAUACACAACUUAUGGAUCAAGGAAUUAUCAAAAACUUAAAAGUACAUUACCGUCGUCAAAAAUCAACUGGAAGCUAUUGA